AUGUCUAAAAACGAAACUGCAAAUAAUUUUAGUAUAGUACAGGAUGAGUCUGAAGUGUCCAGUAACGAAGCCGCCGCGGCUGGAGCGAAAGCAGCAAAGCCACAAACAUCUCAAGUAUCAGGUGAACGCAGUGUAGGGUCAGAGUGCACAGCCAACGUGACUAACGCGUCUCAUACUUCAACCAAAGCGUCAGCACUUCCAGGUGAAAACAAAAAUCCAUCAUCAGAGCCGCGCGAGGCACUUAAAAAGGAACCUGCCAAAGCCGAUUUACUCUCCAUGCCCUCCAGUAUGCUCUCAAAGUCAGCUGUAGCCGUGGCACCUGUGAGCUCCACUGUGUCCUCUUCCUCUCUGCCUUCUGCUCCAAAGAUCAUAGUGAGCACUGCAGCUGUCAGAUCCAGCGCGCCACUGGUGGUGGGGGCAAGAGUCUUGCCAUCGGCUACCGCACCAGCCGUGACCAGUUUGCAGGGGUUGGGGGCACUGGCUGCACAUCCUGGAGGGACCCCAAACCAGACCGGAGGCCCAGCUAUGACUCCAGCUCCAGUCCAAGGGGCAAUAAUGGCAUUUCCAAGGACAUCUACUCCACAGCAGACUGUACCAGUGGCACGCGGCCCUCAGACCACCUCUAUCCAACUGCCUGCCAACUUCCACAUCCCACAAGGUAUGGUUUUAAUUCGCAGUGACAGUGGGCAGUUGAUGUUGGUUUCCCAGCAGGCUUUGGCUCAAGUGCAGGCUCAGGGAUUAGUGCCCAGACAGCCUGGUGUCACAACAACUGUAAGACCACAAUCCUCCCAGGCAACUGCGACAGCCACAUCGAUCAUUAGAGUCUCUAUCCCACCAUCACCUGCAAAUGUAGCCACCAUAAUAAAUCCAGCCCCCAGUACAGGAACAGCUGUUCUGAAACCCACCUCCACCCCAGGGACUACCAUAAUCAAAGCCACGUCCAUGCCAGGGAGCACAAUCAUUAAACCAACCACUGUCUUAGGCACUACUGGUCUUAAGCCAAGCUCCACCACAGGGACCACCGUCAUUAAAGCCACUGCUUCCCAAAAGCUUCCAAGCAACACCUCUUCGGGGAGCAUAAAUCAGAGCACCAUGAGUGGAACCACUGUUAUCAGUACAUCAGUGGUGAAGUCUAUUGGCAAGGCAUCUCUUUCCCCAUCAGUGACUCAAAUCAUUCGGCCAGGUGGCAGUGCCCCUCGAAAUAUCUCUCCGAAUAUUCCUACUAGACACAGCACCACCAAAUCCUGCGCCCCCAUCCCUGUCACAGCUGAGACACUCGAGAAUGUUAAGAAAUGCAAGAACUUCCUGGUCACUCUGAUGAAGCUGGCAUCCAGUGGUACCCGCUCAGCCAACAUGGCACAGAACGUUCGAGCUCUUGUCAAGGACCUCCUGGAUGGGCAACUAGAGGCAGAAGAGUUUACAGAAAAACUCUACAUGGAGCUUAAAUCGUCCCCUCAGCCAUACCUGGUGCCUUUUCUUAAGAGGAGUCUACCUGCUGUGCGUCAGCUCACGCCCAACUCGCAGCUCUUCAUUCAGCAGUGUGACCAGCCUAAACCCCUGUCUUCUUCUUCAGGACUCGGCAACACUAGCCAGAAACAUAAUGUGACUUCCUCUAACAGCUCUCAGCCUCUCAGAGGAAGUCUGCCAGUGAGACCCUCUCAAUUGGUGAUCCAGCAGUCGAAAGGAGUGACUGUCAGACACCCUGUGACAACCUCGUCCUGUGGUGAUGCGCCUGUGCAGAAGCCUAAGCAGUUGAUCAUUCAGACUAAUACUCAACCUGGAGGGGCUUUGGGGAUGCAGUACUCGCUUCAGGGAUCUAAAGCCCCCUCUACUGUGCCACCUCCAGCAAUGCGCAUGCACAGCUUCAAGGACAGCACCUCAGGCUCUUUCCGGGACGAUGACGACAUUAACGACGUGGCCUCCAUGGCAGGGGUGAACGUGAAUGAGGAAAAUGCUCGCAUUCUUGCCUCCAGUGCAGAGCUGGUGGGCUCGGUGGUCCACUCGUGCAGGGAUGAGCCCUUCCUACAGACACCAGCACUGCAACAGAGGGUGCAACAUAUUGGUAGUUCCCUGGGUGUCAUAGAGGCGAGCCCAGAUGUGCUUGGGUUACUUUCUCAUGCCACACAGGAGAGACUCCGAGGUCUGCUGGAGAAGCUCACUGCCAUAGCACAACAUCGCAGUAUCUCAUAUAGGAAUGACUGGCGACACAUUCAGACCAACGACACACGCUCUCAGCUGAAGUUUCUGGAGCAGCUGGAGAAAGUGGAGAAGCGAAGGAGAGAAGAAGAGGAGAGAGAGACACUUCUGCGCAUCGCUAAGACUCGCUCCAGUAGUGAAGACCCUGAGCAGCUUAGACUCAAACAGAGAGCAAAAGAGAUGCAGCAGCUGGAGCUGGCUCAGAUGCAGCACAGAGAAGCUAACUUGGCAGCACUAGCAGCUCUGGGGCCCCGUAAGAGGAAACCUCUGGAGGCUUCUGGCCCUGGGGCUAACCAGGUGCUGGCUUCAUAUGCACAGAGAACUGGACAGAGGGUUCCAACACGUGUGACUUUCAGAGAUUUGAUCUUCUGCAUGGAACAGGACCUGACACUUAGACACUCCCUUGUACUCUAUAACGCUUUCCUACGAUAG